CCGGCGACCAGUGCUCGCCUCUCGGUCUCGUAGUGUUCUUGCCCGUACACACCUUGUGCAGACACCAUGUCUGCUCUGUCUGCUCUGUCUGCUAUUCUCGCGGAUCCUACGUACCAUGAUUAUCUCGCCAUUCUCAAGGGUGCCCGGAACGGCCUCGUGUACGGUGUCAAAGUGCGCUUUCCUCAUGCGCUAAUCAUGGCCGUUCUAUUUGGGCGCGGAGACUGGCUCACCCGCCUUCGGACGAUACUUCGUGCCACCAAGCAACACGCUCUCAAUCUCGCCAAAUUCGUGUCCAUAUAUAAGGCGCUUCUGCUCGUCCAGAAGAGGCUGAAUGGUGGUAUGCAACGAAGCGCAGACACGUUCAUAGCUGGCCUCAUCAGCGGAUACUUUGUCUUCGGUGAUCGGAAUGCUGUCAACGAACAGAUCGUCCUCUACGUUUGUUCGCGGGUGGUGGCAUCUUUCAUCCCGCGUGCAGAUUCGCCUUACUCCAUGAAGUCUACAUCUCCCAUUUCCGUGAAGCCCGUCCCGCCCGACGCCACCAAGUUCUCCAUCUUCGCCGCACUAUGCUGGGGCGCGGUCAUGUGGCUGUUCAAUGAGAAGGGGGAGACGAUCCAGCCCGGCAUGUUCAAUUCCAUGGUAUACCUGUACCGCGAUUCUGAACACUGGGACAACCUGCGGACGCUCUUAUGGCACAACAAAUGAGGGUGCACUACCAAAUGCAUUAUCUGCGACUGCUGUGACACGAAAUGUUGUAGUUCAACAGCGUUGUACAGGUCACUCCUUUUAAUGGUAGUAAUCCUGAUGACGCAGCCUAUUUAUGACUGCUCAAUACGCGCGAGCAAGGUCCAUGAAAUCUACAAUGGCUCUGAUACAUUCUGUGCAAUGGCGUU